GUCUGCGGAGCAGCAGCUCUCGGUAACGCGUUCACCGGUUACCGUGUUCGUUCAGGGCACCGAUUUGGUGGCUUCCACCGCCGACAUUAGAGCUCAAAACCCCCGGAGGACCGGAGCACCGGAGCACCGGAGCUGUCACCUCACCGGCUCGCCGCUUUAACGGACUCUCCGGUGUUUGGGAGCCGCUCGGUGCUCGGAGGCAGCGACUGAAGCUGAUCAGAAGCAGCUGAACAUGCUGGGAGUCCAGUGCUGAAGGAAGCAAACGUGGAAGACGAGAGCUAGCGUUAGCAUUAGCGUGGACGCCGGUCAGCAGCCGAUCGGAUGGGGGAGACGGAGGACGAGCGGACGGCUCAGGCCAGUCAGCUCUUUGAGACCUUCGUCCAGGCCUCCACCUGCAAAGGGACCCUGCAGGCCUUCAGCAUCCUCUGCAGGCAGCUGGAGCUGGAUCCGCUGGACCACAGCAGCUUCUACAGCGCGCUGAAGGCCGCCGUCAGCUCCUGGAAGGUCAAAGCGCUGUGGACCAAGCUGGACAAAAGGGCCCAGCAGAAGGUCUACAACCAGAACAAAGUCUGCCAAGGCACCAGGUGUCUGAUCAUCGGCGGGGGUCCGUGUGGCCUCCGGACCGCCAUCGAGCUCACGCUGCUGGGCUGCAAGGUGGUGGUGAUCGAGAAGAGGGACACGUUCUCCAGGAACAACGUUCUCCACCUGUGGCCCUUCACCAUCCACGACCUCCGGGGCCUCGGGGCCAAGAAGUUCUACGGGAAGUUCUGCGCCGGAUCCAUCGACCACAUCAGUAUCCGCCAGCUGCAGCUGAUGCUGCUCAAAGUCAGCCUGAUCCUGGGAGUGGAGAUCCACGUCAACGUGGAGUUCGUCAAACUGCUGGAGCCUCCAGAGCAGCAGGAUGACGACAGUCCUGGGUGGCGCGCUGAGGUCCGACCCGCCGGCCAUCCCGUCUCAGACUUCGACUUCGACGUCGUGAUCGGAGCCGACGGGCGUAAAAACACGUUAGACGGUUUCCGUCGGAAGGAGUUUCGAGGGAAGCUGGCCAUCGCCAUCACGGCCAACUUCGUGAACAGGAACACGACGGCCGAGGCCAAAGUGGAGGAAAUCAGCGGCGUGGCGUUCAUCUUUAACCAGAAGUUCUUCCUGGAGCUGAGGGAGGACACGGGGAUUGACUUGGAGAACAUCGUCUACUACAAAGACAACACUCACUACUUCGUGAUGACGGCCAAGAAGCAGAGUCUGCUGGACAAAGGAGUCAUCAUAAACGACUACAUAGAAACCGAGCGACUGCUGAGCCCCGACAACGUCAACCAGGAAGCCUUGCUGUCUUACGCCCGCGAGGCGGCCGACUUCGGCACAAACUACCAGCUGCCGUCGCUGGACUACGCCAUCAACCACUACGGGCAGCCGGACGUGGCCAUGUUCGACUUCACCAGCAUGUACGCCUCCGAGAACGCCGCCCUGAUCCGGGAGAAACAUGGACACCAGCUGCUGGUCGCGCUGGUGGGAGACAGUCUGCUCGAGCCCUUCUGGCCGAUGGGAACCGGCUGUGCUCGAGGAUUUCUGGCUGCUUUCGACUCUGCCUGGAUGGUGAGGGGUUGGACACAAGGAAGGAGCCCUCUGGAGAUCCUGGCUGAGAGGGAGAGUCUUUACCGCCUGCUGCCUCAGACCACCACAGAGAACAUCAGUAAAAACUUCGAACAGUACUCCAUCGAUCCCGCAACCCGCUACCCGAACCUCAACUCCAGCUGUGUGCGUCCACAUCAGGUGCGUCACCUGUUCAUCGACGGUCGGCAGGACUCGGGUCUCGUGGAACGAGGAGGACUGACUCGUAAAUCAGUCAACCUGUCCAGAAGAGAGUCCGAGGUCCGACCGGGUCGCCUGCUGACCUGGUGCCAGAACCAAACUCACGGCUACAGAGGAGUCGACGUCACCAACCUGACGUCCUCCUGGAGGAACGGCGUCGCCCUCUGCGCUCUGAUCCACCGCCAGAGACCCGAACUCAUUGACUUCGACUCUCUGAACGAGGAGGACGUGGCGGGAAACAACCAGCUGGCGUUCGACGUGGCCGAGCGAGAGUUCGGCAUCCAGCCGGUGACGACGGGGAAGGAGAUGGCCGCCGAGGCCGAGCCGGACAAGCUGCUGAUGGUUCUGUACCUGUCCAAGUUCUACGAGGCGUUCAGGAACUCACCGGCCAACAACAACGUUUCAGGAGAAGCCGAUGAAAACGGCGACGAGCACAAAACCAACCACAAGGUGCAGAACCUGCCUCAGCAGAGGAAGAGGAUCCCCAGGGACGACAAGAAACUGGAAGAAGAUUCUGUCAACAAGAGACGACGGAAAGGCAACAACUACCUCACAGAGUUGUCCUGCCACAGUGCGCCCCCUGCUGGCGAGGACGGGGAGCUGCGGGAGAACAAGGUCCGCUCCAUGGCGACUCAGCUGCUGGCCAAGUUCGAGGAGAAUUCGUCGACGGGAAAGACGCGCAGCAAGUCUGACGAGGAUCCUUCCUUUCCUCCGUCUCCUUCCUCCUCCUCCUCCCCUCAUCUCCUCUCUGAGGAUGAUGAUGAUGAAGAGGAGGAGGAGACUGAAAAUCCUCGUUUUGCGAAGCCUAAGCUCGUAGCUCCUCCUCCUCCUCCUGCUGCUGCUGCUCGUCCCAGGUGGCAGCCGUCCAUCUACCUGCAGCUGCUGGAGAACCCCAGCUCUGUGCUCCAACAGACCCCUUUCUUUCCUUUAUCUAAAAGCUGUGAGAGCAGCUCCAGUCGAUCUCCGUCUCCGUCCCAAACCCCGUUAGCUCCGCCCGCCGAGCGCCGCUACCCAGAACGCACCUCUCCCGCCCGGCGCCGCCCCGAGCGUCGAUCGGCCCUCCGAUCAGGUGAAUUUAAAGCCUCUCCUGUUAGAUCUGUGGUGCGUCUUCGCCGUCUGACCGCCGGCUGCUGUUUCCUUCAGAGAAAAGAGAAGCUGUCGUCCAGAGAGUUUUCCAGACGCAGCAUAAAGCAGCGAGCCGACCUCCUGUCCACCAUGUUCACGGCCUCCAACAAACCCGCCGCCGCUCUCUCGGGGUCGCAGGUGGAACCUUCUACCUCCUCUCCUCCUCCAUCUCCUCCUUCAUCACCUCCUCCUCCUCCUCCUCCUCCUCUGUCUCAGACCUUCUCCGUGGUCCAUCCCGUUCCUGAUCCCACCGUCCAGGCUGGUUUCUCCUCUGUUCCUCUGUUCAAUCCUGGACUGAAGGACAAGACUCCCUCCACCGCUCCUUCGUCUCACUCUGAGAAACCCAAACAAACCUCCUCUUUUCCUGCUGAUUCCUCCACGUCUGAUAACAAAACAGCUGCUGUCCGUUCUUUGCCUCGCUUAGAUGAGAACCAGAACGUCUCCUCUCUGCUAUCGGACUCUAGCGCCGCCUCGUCUUCUCUCGGGGAAAAGUGUGAGAAGUUACGCCAGAGUUCCAGAAACAAUCAGGAAAAUGAGGUGCAGAAGGUCGACGAACCUGCUCAGGAGACUUUUGAGGGCAAGAAAAUAGCUGAAAAUGAGAACUCAGAGCUCGAGGUCCCCAGAAGAAACGCUCCAAAGUCGGUCGCUCGCUCUGAGAGUUGUCCGACCGGAGCUCCUAGUUACAUGAAAGAGCGUACAGUCGGAAAAGUGUCCUCAGCCAUAGACGCUAAAGCUCAGUUACUGGCCAUCCUCUAUGAGACCGACCACCGGCCCAGUGCAGCGCCGUGUGUGGUACGUAAGGACUUCCCUCCGGGCCUCGGCGGCAGCGACAUCUGCCACUUCUGCACCAAGCGGGUUUACGUGAUGGAGAGACUCAGCGCCGAAGGUUUUUUCUUCCACCGCGAGUGCUUCCGAUGCGACGUCUGUAACUGCACCCUCCGACUGGGCGGACACACCUUCGACUCGCAGGAGGCCAAAUUCUACUGCAAGAUGCAUUACGCCCAGCGCCAGUCCAGCACUCACCUGAGCAGGUUCAGAAGGAGAACGGAGGACCAAAGUCGUGUCGCAGCGUCGUCAUUGGACAGCGGGAGCUUCUCGGCCGCCGCCGGCGUCCAGACCCAGCCCUCAGGAGGGGCGUCCAGCCUGCACCCGGAGCAGCUUGAUAAAGGUCAGAGCAGAGUUCCUGAGGAUGCAGAGAUGGCUGAGGAAGCCCUCGAUGCUCCUUCUCUAACAAAACCAGCAGCACAGGACGGCGCCGGGCCGAAGGCUCAGAACCAGGACGGUACCAAAGGUCAGACUCCUGAAGUUCUGAACACGGUACAAGCAGAAGCCGAUAAGCCUCAAACCAAGUCGGGCCAGAACGGAGAAACACCGGAGAGCUCGUCGCCUUCGGCCUUCCAGGCCAUCGCCAACGCCUUCAGGAGGACGUUCAGCGUGACGCAGCACGGCUCCACCGCUGCAGCCGCCAUGAGACCCAAACGCGACGGAGCCAGGAAGCCGAGGCCGAUGUCCGAGGGAGCGUUCAGCUUCAGCUCGCUGUUCGGCGCCGCGACUCCGGACUCGUCCACGGAGCAGAAGAGGGCCGGCUGGGCGGCGGACCCGUGGGGUUCCGGUCGGGACCUGCCCUCGCUGCUGCAGCAGGUUUCCCUGAAGGGCCGCAGGGACUCCGGAGGGGUUUUCUCCGACGACAUGGGCUCGCUCCCUCGCCGCAGAGUCGACCUGUUCUCGUCGCUGAGGCUGAGGAAGAGGGAGGUUUCUGAGAGCGAAGGGAAGGACCACGAGGUCCAGAGGGAGAUCAGGACCAUCCUGUCCAAACUCAGAAACAAAGCAUCCAGUCAGCAGAACCUGGACGAAGCCUCCUCGAGUGACGAUGACAAUGAAGCAUCUAAUCAGAAGCUGUGUCCAGAGAAGCUGAGGAAGAAGCAGGAGAAGACGGUGGCCCAGCAGGCCAAGCGAGAGCAGCUCAAGAGGCUCCACAGAGCUCAGGUGAUCCAGAGACAACUGGAGGAAGUCGGCGAGAAGCAGAAGGACGUGGAGGAGAGAGGAGUGACGAUAGAAAAGACCAUAAGAGGAGAAACUGAACCAAGCCAGACGGACGCGGACGAGGCCCAGCUGUACCAGUCCUGGUUCAAACUGGUCCUGGAGAAGAACCGACUGGCCCGAUACGAGUCGGAGCUCAUGAUCUUCGCCCAGGAGCUGGAACUGGAGGACACGCAGAGCCGGCUGCAGCAGGACCUGCGACGUCGAAUGGCGGAGGAGGAUACGAAGAAGAGCGCCUCGGAGCUGCAGGAGGAGCAGGAGAUCCUGUCGGAGAUCAUGAGGACGGUGGAGAAGCGAGACAUGCUGGUGUCCAUGCUGGAGGAGCAGCGGCUGAAGGAGAAGGCCGAGGACAAGGACCUGGAGGGCCUGGUGCUGUCGCGGGGCUACGAGUUCCACUGGGCCCCGCUGGACGACAGCUGGGGGCCCGACGGGCCGGACGCCGACACCAGCUAGACCAAGUGGUGUCUUUAAUUCACCCUGAAGACGGAGCUAACGACUUCCUCCAACAUGAAGCUAACAACGUCUCUGCCAUUAAGCUUAUUUGACCUCUGCAGUGUAAUCUGUGGCGGGCCGGACCGGCGCUGACCUGAAACCGGAUGAUCGCCGUGCUUAACCGGUCACGCCACCGACCGCCUCGUACGUUUUUGCACACCUCCUCAACCAAACCUCCUGCCGAGUGCAGCAGGCCGGCUGACGCUGCGACGCUGUAACGCUUCACCGGAGAACAGGCGGAAAAGACUCGGUUUGGAAUUUGUGGAAUGAAUCCAGAAAUGUGCUUCUUGUGAAUCUCUGUUUGUCACUUUGUGCGACUGCAAACAUGUUUUAUGUGGUUUCACUUUGUGCUGGAACAAUAAUAAUUAAAAUACGACCGCGUUUAGACCCAGACACGAGCGAACACGUGAAACCAGAACCGUCUGCCAAGAGGCUGCAGGUUUCAGCGUUUCCUUCCUCUUCAGGUGUGUUGCAUACCUGAGAGCUGAGCCGUGACCUUCCAGCACCUCCUACUACUGCCAGAUAACCUGCGAUGUGUUUCUGUAAAGGGCUGAGAGUCUAAACGCCCUCAUGACAACAUCAACAAUGUGUUUACAGGAGUUUUUAUCCCGGGACAAGUCACCAGGCGACUCCUUUGUUCCCUUCCUGGGCUUCAAAUGUCGGCAUGUGAAUGAAAAAUAUUCUAAGUGAUGUUGUGAUGAUUUAAAAAGACUAAACUGUGUGUGUGUGUGUGUUGUGGUUUCGUGCUGCUUUAAGUCUUUUAAAUGGAAAAGAAUCUUAAAUAAAACUUAACUUCAGCUUUUGAAUACUGUCA